CAAAACAUAAUUUUCAAAACUACUCCUAACCACUCAAUGAGGUAUGCCCUGAACAUUCUUCAAAUUUCAAACCCUUUAACUAAGAUAAAACUUGAGCUACUCAUUUCUCAGUUCUUAGUCCUUCCUUCCAGUUUACUGCUAAAGAAGGCAAACAUGGAAAACAACCCAGAAAAACUUCAUUUUGUACUGUUUCCAUUAAUGGCACCAGGCCACAUGAUUCCAAUCAUAGACAUUGCUAAGUUGUUAGCAAAAGAAGACAUUACAGUCACUAUAGUUACUACACCAGUGAAUGCUUCUCGCUUUGAAUCAACCAUAGACCGAGCAAUCAAAGGUGGCCUAGAUAUAAGGGUUUCAAUCCUUAGCUUUCCUUGGAAAGAGUUUGGAUUACCAGAAGGAUGUGAAAAUGUGGACUUACUUCCUUCAUUAAGUUAUAAUAUAAACUUCAUUGAAGCUGCUGCUAAACUACAAGAACCAAUGGAAAACUUGCUUCAAGAGUUGGAACCUACACCAAGUUGCUUGAUUUCUGACUUGGGUUUUACUUGGACUACUGAAGUUGCAAGAAAAUUUAAUAUUCCAAGGGUUGUAUUCAAUGGCACAUCUUGUUUUUCUCUCUUAAGUUUGCACAAUUUGAUCACCUAUGACAUGCUUGGAAGUGUAAAAUCGGAUACUGACUCGUUUAUGGUUUCGGGUUUGCCUGAUAGAAUUGAGCUGACUAGAACUCAGGUACCUAAUGCAGUACAUCAUGCAGGUCAUCCUUUGAGAGUGGAAAUGAGAAAGGCAGAGAGUGAAGCAUUUGGGAUGUUAGUGAAUUCUUUUGAGGAGCUAGAAUCAGAGUACUAUAAAAGAUACAAGGAGGCAAAGGGGAAGAAUACAAUAUGGUGUGUGGGCCCUGUUUCACUGUGCAAUCAGGAUCAGUUGGAUAAAGAACAAAGAGGAAGUCUCUGUAACUUUGAUUCAUCACAAAUUAUGGAGCUGGCUUUAGGGUUAGAAGCAUCAAAACAACCAUUUAUCUUAGCUGUUCGAGGAGGACAUAAUCAACACGAAGUUGAGAGAUUGAUAGAAGAAGACGGUUUGAAGAACAGGGUUGAAGGUAGAGGGUUAAUCAUAAUGGGUUGGGCACCACAAGUGCUAAUAUUAUCACAUCCUUCUAUAGGCGGAUUUUUAACUCAUUGUGGUUGGAAUUCGACUAUUGAAGGGAUAUCUGCUGGUGUGCCGUUGAUUACUUGUCCGCUUUUUUCAGAACAGUUUCUUAACUCAAAAUUUGUAGUGCAAGUUUUGAAAGUUGGUAUCAACAUCAACAUCGAAAACCCAAGGAUGAUCCCAGGUGAGGAAGCGAGAAUUAUCACCCUGAAGAAAGAGUGUGUGAAGCAGGCGGUUCAGAUAGUUAUGGACGAUGGAAAGGAAGGGAAAGAACUGAGAGAAAGAGCUGAGAGACUCGCAGAAAGGGCAAAAAAAGCAGUGGAUGAGGGUGGAUCCUCCAGUAGAGGCUUAAGGUUAAUGAUCCAAGACGUCAUACAGCAGACACAAAAAGGAUGCUAGGAAGAUCAAAGAUGUUAUCUUAAAUGUUUAACUAAACAAAGAAUCACAUAAGCUAGUAACUGUGGUAGGGAGUAAGGGUUGUUAUUCAUAGAGCUAGUGUAAUCUAUCAGCAACAGCAAAUGAAAUAAAGAAAGCAAGGUUUGGACAAGGUUUGUGAAAUAUGUAGCCAUCUAUUAGGAGUAGAUUUUACUGAUGUUUUCUUAUGAUUGUACUUCUAACUAUUGAUAUU